CUCAAUGUCUCUUUCUGUGUCAUGCCAUUAGAGAGAGAGAGAGAGAGAGAGAGAGAGAGAGAGAGAGAGAGAGAGAGAGAGAGAGAGAGAGAGAGAGAGAAAGAAGAAUUGGUAAUGAAUUUGGAAUUGUGUUGUUGCUGCAGGCCCUCCAUUAGCUUUGCGGCUUCACAUAAGCAAACACAAAAACUUUGUCACUUUCGUUUUCUCAUUGACUCAAAGGAAACUAGAACUUUCCUUCAGUUGUAGAGGACUCACAGUAGAAUAGUGUUAAUUUCAAUGUCUUCCGAUCUCUAUACUUUUGACAUUCCUUUCCCCAGACAUUCAGACACAGACAACAUGGUCUCCUACGAUGCAGAUGGAAAUCUUAUGUUUUUCUCUGACAACCCUUAUUCCUUCCCUUUCCUCACUGCCUCUCCAGUUCAUGAUGUGGCUCAGGGGAAUUUCACCAACUCUCUUCACCCUUCUUUCUUCUCUUUUUCUCCUCAGCAAAACCAGAGCCUCUCUCAUGCUAACCCGGCGCACCCUCUGUCAAAUGGCUCAUAUAUAAAGUCUGAGUUUAGAAAUUUCUCUGCUUUGCAUGGCUCCGAAGUGACAAGCGAGGAGUGCCAAAUGGGUGUGGAUUACUCCAGCAAUCACCACUUUCUUUCUCAAACUUUUCACGCUUCUGACACUGCAUCAAAGGUUAUACAAAGGAGCUUCAGCUGUAACUCUUUCGGUGGAAAGCCAGGUUUCCCCUUUGAACCUCACCCUGACACUCUCAUGGACUCCCCAAAUUUUCAUUUGCAUCCUCUGAUUUCCCCCGAAAACAGUUUCUUCACUGGACAAAUGAGGAGGGUGUGCAGUACUGGAGAUUUACAGAACACGAAAGCAACAGAUAUGUCUUCUCAAGUGGAGAGUCCCUUGUUGGAGGAAGCGUACUUCAAAGUGGGGCGUUACAGUGCCGAAGAAAGAAAAGAAAAAAUCUCUAGAUAUAGAGCGAAGAGAAGCCGGAGGAAGUUCAACAAGAUUAUCAAGUAUGCAUGCCGAAAGACGCUAGCCGACAAUCGAACCCGCAUACGUGGCAGAUUCGCUCGCAACGACGAGAUCAGCGAGAUUCCGAAAGCACUUUCUUCAACUUCAACAACAGAAGAAUAUGAAGACGAAUUCUGGGUUGAGUUCAUUGAAGGAUUAAACGAGGAGGUGAUGGGUUAGAGGGAAGCAGAAGAAUUUGCAGAGAGUCUUCACAGAAGCAUCUUUUUUGGAAGACCCUUUUUAUGAUACCAAUGAGAAGGAAACAAAACAGCCUUUUGUAAGCAAAGGAAAGAUUACAAAAGGCUUUUUCAAUUCAUGUUUAUGAAUAAAGUCUGUAUAUUUAGAGCAUAAGAUAUGGCAUGGAAGUCAAAUGUAAGUUGGGUAGUUAGAGGUUUUUUUUGGGUUAAUUCUAUUUCAUUUUGAUUUCUC